AUGCUAUUCUACCUCACUACAAUCAUUAUUCAUGGUAAGACCCACCCCUAUUUCAGGGAUCAAAUGCUUCCUACCGUUCAGCUGAUGGAUGCUUACCAUACAUCAGAUGUCUUUCGUACGAAUGAGCAUGACUACAACAAGGUUGACAGCUCUUCUUACCUGGACCUUGGGCCUCUGUAUGGCCACAACGAAGAGCAACAAGCUGCUGUCCGGACCUUCGUGGAUGGAAAGCUGAAGCCUGACGCAUUCUCGGAGGUCAGAGUCCUCGGAUUUCCACCGGGGGUCUGUGCUCUUUUGGUCUCGUUCAACCGCUUCCACAACUAUGUGGUCGAGGAACUAGCAGACAUCAACGAGGGCGGCAGAUUCAGUCUUCCCGUCGAGUCUGCUCAAGAUGAACUCUACAAGGCUGCGAUGAAGAAGCGUGAAAAUGAUCUGUUCCAAGUCGGGAGACUCAUAACUUGCGGACUCUACGUACAUAUCAUCAUCGGCGACUAUUUCAAGACGAUCCUGAAUUUGAAUCGUUGCAAAUCGACCUGGAACCUUGACCCACUGGCUGACUUUGGGAAGACAACAGUCCCAUCCGCCACUGGAAACCAAGUCAGCGUCGAGUUCAAUAUGUUUUACAGAUGGCACACCGCCAUGAGUGCCAAGGACGAAGUAUGGGCCCAUGAUCUCUACAAAGAUGUCUUUCCUAAUGACGAUCCGGCAACAUUGUCACUGCCAGCCUUUAUUGAAGGCCUCCGAAGAUGGGAACACGGCGUGAAUCCAGAUCCAGGGAAGAGGGCUUUUGGGAAUUUGGAGAGGCAAGCAAACGGGAGCUUCGAAGAUGCUGAGCUCGUGAAACUUCUUCAAGAGAGCACAGAAGACGUUGCAGGUACUUUCGCAUAUCAAAUGAAGGGGUUCUCACCGUUAACUGGAGGUGUUUUUUAG